CACCAACAAUCUUACGAUACAACCUCUUAGCAUAUAAUAUAUUCUUCAACUUUCGGUCUUCACCUCUACCUCCCCUCUCAGGAUAUUCUGCCCCGAAACACUCAACCAAUAAAUCAACAAAACCCUCUCAAAAUGCCCCCCAAGGAACCGCUACGAAAUGCCCUCACCUUCGAAAAAAAGAAUAAAGACAUGCUCAAGCUCCCCAAACAUGCCGGAAUCCAAAAACGCCCUAUCCCCCAUGCCCCAAUAGCAUCCCCAUACGCCGGCUCCAGCGUCCCCAAAAUCGUCUACAUGUCAACCAACACGCCCUUCAUGAGCGCCGUGAAACGCGUGCAGAAGUUCCUCCGACAGGCUGAGAAACGCGCGACCGCGUCCGUGAACCUAUCAAGCACCAAGAAGCGGGACCGGGAGAGACUGGCGCAGAUUGCGCGCGGGAAUGAGUCGUUGAAGAAAGAGGAGGUGUUUGUUAAGGCGACGGGGCGGGCGAUUGAGAAGGCGCUGCGUGUGGGGAAAUGGUUUGAGGAGAGGGAGAGCGAGUAUGCGGUGCGUGUUGAGACGGGGAGUGUACUUGUUGUUGAUGAUGUUGUGGAGGAUGAGGAGAGGAAGAGGAGGUUGGAGGAAAAGGUGAAUGGUGAUGCUUCGCAGGGUUCGGAGUCUGCGGCGAAGAAGCAGAGGCGGGCGGCUAAUGCUUUGGCGGUUGCUGAGGAAGAGGAGUUGCCUGAGACGAGGACGCGGUGGGUGAAUAAGGUGGAAGUUUCGAUCGCCUUUAAAUGAAGGGCGUGCGUGUGUUCUGGGAAGAAAUUUUGGACUUGAUGGUUGACCUAGUAUGAGAUAAGGGAGAGCAGCUGCUGGGGAUAACGCGGGUCAUUUACCCCCAAGUGCUCAUGCGAUGUUAUGGUUCGGACUGUGCGUGGAGAACAUGCCUCCUUUUUACGCCAAACGCGAGAGCCGGUUUAAGAUAUCUUCCGUCGUGGUGCAGCUAUUUUGCUACUAUCCCACUUGAUUCUCGAGUUUUGUUAAGGUGACGACCGCAGGGUUGUAUACACUGCCAGGCAUCACAACAGGCAACAGUCUGCCUGAAUCUUUUACGGAAGAAGUCUUCUUCAAGGGUCCCAAGGGAAAGUGAAGGUAGAUCCACCAAGCGUGAAGACAUUCGCGUCUACGUGCUUUUGUCCCCAUUAUUACGUUUGGGACAUAUUCCAUGCACAUGAACAGUUGCGUGUUGAGAUGUGCCACUUGCCGACUGAUCGGAUUUAAAGAAACUAGGAAAUCUAGCGAUUCAAGAACAGAGAACGUGUCGCAGAACGUGGAUGGUCUAGAGUAACUCCAUA